AUGUCACAGAAAGAACGGGAGUAUAUCCCCCCUCAGACAAACACGCUCAAUGCUCAGCCAUACACUUUGCCAUUCACUAUCUCUCACUAUCUCAGUGCCUUUCUCUCUUUGACAGAAACAGAAACUCGCACAGAGGCACUGAACAAACACUCUCCGCUUUGUACCAGCGACUUAGUCACCAACUCUUCGCCUAGGAUUGUUGUCCUCAAGAUGGAUAACAAGUCAGAUGUAAAGGCCAUCAUGGCUCGCUUCCAAGCAGGUGGGGCAAGCACUGAUGAGACCUCCUCCACGCCAGUUGGACGUGUCAAACCACCUGUGCACCCAACACUGUCCUCUGGCCCACCCAUACAGAAGAAACCUGUCUUGGAAAGCCUCUCGGGCAGUGCAAUAAAUACUCCUCCAAAACCAAAUUUCCUGAAAAACACAGUAUCCAGUAAAAGUGACACUGAUGCACAUGAACCAAACAAAACUAAAGCCCUAGCGAGCAGAUUUGGUAACAUCCAGGAUGAUAGCAAUACCAAUAGCAAACCUUUUACUGCGAAUAAACAGCCGACACCCUUGAAGUCACCUUUUUCACAGGCUCCUGAAGUUAAAAGCCCGGCACAGAAGCCUCCAUUCAACAAACCUCCCCUCACCUCCACCACAUCUGAUUCCAAACCUACCUUUCCCAAACCACCUUCAGCAAUCAGCACCAAGCCCAGCUGGGUUAAAGAAGACAGUGGUGGGGGUGCAGCAACAAACAGCAUCCCCACACCGGCUAAACUACCUGGUGUGCAACAAAAACCGAGCAGCAACAUUGUGAAAUUAUGGCAGCAAAAUGAGGAACAGGCAGGAGGGAACACAGACAAUGUGAUCAAACCUUCUCCUCUGGCAAACUCUUCUUUUAAGCCCCCCUCAAACUUCAAGAAUGCUCAGAAUAUGUUCAACAAGGAGGACAAGACUGAGCAGACAGAUAGUGGAGGGACCAGCAAACCUUCCCUUACAGGUACGAACUCCUUUCCUCCUCCCAAACCUCCAGCCAAUAAGAAGCCUAGCAUUAAGAAGCCAACCAAGCCCUCUCCUCUGCCCAGCGGCAUUAACGGUGAUGAUUCUUCAGGUCCAAAGCGUAACCCUCUUCCCAACAGUUUAGCUCUGGGUCCUCCUCCUGCUAAACCUAACCGACCCCCAAAAGUCAACCUGGAGAACUUUAAAAGAGGAGCCGAGACCUCUGAUGACGGUCCCAGAAUUAAGAAAACCCCAAACAAUCAUGUUACCCAGGCUCAAGCCCCACCGCCUGCACCACCUGCACUGCCGAAUCUGCCCCCACGACAUCCUGGAAUCAUGAACCAGCAAGAAGACUUUUAUGAUGAUGUUGAUCACCCGACCAGUUCACCUCCACCUCUACCACCAACUGCAGCUCACCCGAGUCAGAGGGCAAAGGAGGAAAACGAUGAUGACGAUGAUGGAGAGAUGUAUGAAGAUCUUGAUGAACGAUGGGAAGCAGCUGAACAAAAACAAGACAAGAGAAAAGAGAAAGAGGACAAAGAAGAGAAGAAACGUCAGGAGGCUGAGAAGAAGGAGCAGAAGGAACGCGAGAAGAAGGAACAAGAUGCCCGAAAGAGAUUCAAACUGGUUGGACCCCUGGAGGUCCUUCAGCAAGGAAAGGCACGUACAGAUUCCAGAGGCAGCAAGACUGAGCUUGCUCUGAAGCAGGGAGACCCUGUGGACAUCAUUCGAGUCCAGGGAAACCCAGAGGGUAAAUGGUUGGGACGGACGCAGGAUGGAUCCAUUGGCUAUGUGAAGACCACUUCAGUAGAAAUUGACUUUAACUCCCUGAAGAGUCAGGGAGCCUCGCGCCAGCAGGCGUACGACCCUGAAGUCUAUGAUGACAUUGAUGUAGCUGAUCACAGUGCUAAAAAAGGACCAGGAGUUGUCCUACCCCCUCUACCAGGAGGAGAAGGAGGAGAAAUAUAUGAUGAUGUUCUUGAUCCAAACUUGGAAGUCAGUCCCCUCGGUCCCAGGUCUUCUAUGAAGCCCCGCAGCUUCCUGCGGAUGUUUGACAGACGGCCCACCAGCUCUAAAGUAGUGCCUCCACCCAGCCAGUUCACAGCUGAUGGGAAUUCAGAUAAGUCAGGUGUACCAGUGGAUGAGGAAAUAUAUGAUGAUGUUGACUCUCAAAGUGCGCCUCCGCCUCCUCCCAUCAGCAGCCUUCCAGCGAUGAAAGGCAAAAACAAGGGUGAAGAAAUGGACCCAAAGAAGCAGAAAAAGUUUGAGAAAGAGGAGAAGGAAUUCAGGAAGAAGUUUAAGUAUGAAGGAGAGAUACAGGUGCUGUACCAGGUGACCGUUGUCCACAAUCUUACUAAUAAGAAGUGGAGCGGCAAAGAGCUGCCAAUAAAAGCAGGAGAGGCACUUGAUGUGAUCGCUAAAGCUGUGGAUAACAAACUGAUCUGUCGAAAUGAGGAUGGCAAGUUUGGUUAUGUAUCGACCAGCCACAUUGAUAUGGAUGAUGGAGAUAUCUAUGAUGAUAUUGGAGAUGAAUGCAUCUAUGACAACGAUUAAGAAACAUCUGGGGCCAACCUUGUUUAAUGUUGCUCAUUUUCAUGUUUUGUUAUUUAUUAUGUUGAUUGAUGCUAGACACUGGGAGUUUGGAUAAAAUAGUCAGUAGGUGUCAAUCUAUUUUUUUAAAUGGCAUCCAAAU